CAUUUCAUGAAAUUCAGCUGCGUAUAUCAUCACUAUGAAUGAAUCGAUAUAGUGUGCCUCUUUAUUAGAAAGGUAUUUUAUGUACUAGUUUAAAACAGCAGACAUGAUAAUUCAUUUAAAGGAGAGUAUAAUAGAUUCAUUAGAAUUCAUUCUUUGCAGCAGCUGAUAAACGUUCGUCGCAUGUUUUUAGUUUUUUGUCUAUCUAAACUAUAUGCAUACGAUAUAGAGUAUCUAUAACUAUUGUUUCACAUAGUAAUUAGACUAAUAAUAUGAAUUAGUAAUAUGUAAACAAGCAUGUAAUAAACCUUUAUAAACUACAUGUCUUCGUUACUAGAGGCUAUGAUGAAGGUCAACAUUCCCAAGACCCGUAAUACUUUCUGUAAGGGUGCCAAGUGUAGAAAGCACACUCCCCACAAGGUUACUCAAUACAAGGCUGGUAAGGCUUCUCUCUUCGCCCAAGGUAAGAGACGUUACGAUCGUAAGCAAUCCGGUUAUGGUGGUCAAACUAAGCCCGUUUUCCACAAGAAGGCUAAGACUACUAAGAAGAUUGUCCUUCGUCUUGAAUGUACCGUUUGCAAGUAUAAGAUGCAACUUGCCAUCAAGAGAUGCAAGCACUUCGAAUUGGGUGGUGACAAGAAGACUAAGGGUGCUGCUCUUGUUUUCUAAAUGCAUCAAUUGUCAGCAAAUUUUAUUUUACUCUUAUUAAUCAUCCAUGAUCGUAAAAAAUAAAAUUUCUCUUGUAUGUUAAUUUCUAGUUUAUGUUGAGUAUUGAUUAUUUUCUAUGUUGUUCGAACUAAUAAUAAAAAAUUAUGUAACCCUUAAAGUCAUUUGUGGCUUUGUUUUGGGUUAUUUUAACUCAA